GACUUUCACAACCUCCAGUGCUUUUAAAGAAUGCCCCCAAAGUUAGGGACGCCCAUACGGCAUCCCUCUGCGCCAUCAACCCCAAUGGCCGCACCACGGCCAGCAACAGUUAUAAUCCCAGCACCACCACCCGUCAUCCCGACAAACCUCCUCGAACCCUCCGAACAACGCCUCUUCGUUGCCGCAAUUUUCGGUCUCAUAGAAAUAACCAAACUCUGGGACACCUUCCUUCCAAUAUUUAUCACUGAUCCCGAUCCAUCAUGGUCGAGUUCAUUGCGGAUAAGCGGUGCAGAAUCAGUCCUAGCGUGGACAUUAGCAGAAGUUGGUAUGAUGUGGGCGGUCGGUAUGCUGAGAAUACCCUUGUUAUCCCCCAGCUGGAAGCAGCUGGGGAUCAUUGGAGCACUGAGUCUGGGUGUGAACACAAUUUGCUGGUUUUUGGUAGAACCCAGUAGGAUGUUGGGUUAUGUCAACAUUGUUGGGACGGCAGCGUUAGGAGGGAACUGGUAUUGGAAUUGGUUCUAUGCGCUCAGAAGAUGGUAUGAGCCACCUCAUAUCGAAGGUGUACAUAAGAUCCGUCUUCUUCCUUACAGUACCGCAACUCUUAAUCCGUUAUCUCUCACAUACUGUAUACCGCCGGACGCCCCUCAGCCUUUAUACAUUCCUGUCAUCUUCAACAAUUCAAUUCCCGAACAGGUUUCAUAUAAAAUACGAUCUCUCGAUACGGGCCAUACCACUGUUGAGAAAGUAUACGGGAGUUCAAUGAAGCGGUUGCCCACUCGUCCUCCGAGAUUACGCAUUACAGAUGGAGACGAUGAUGAGGAUGGAGAGCUCGAGCUAGAGCCCGAGAUCGACCCUCUUUCGGCACUUGUCCUUCAGUCCGGUGGAAGAGUUGUUGGUCACCCCAAGGAUAUUGACCCCUCUACUCUUCCUUCUGUCAAACCACACGAUUCUAUGUCUCUCGUCCCUCGCAAUCUCGCUCCAUCAGAAAACAUCCUCUUCCUUACUGUUAACAAACCUAGCGUCAUCACUCUUUCAAAUGUCAUGGACAAGAAGGGUGAUAAAUUUCACAUCACUCCCAGGCGUGAAGCCGUCAUCAUUGAGUGCCCCACUGGUGGUAAAUUUGUUGAAGAGCACAGGGGCAAAGUAGUCCACAAACCCGAGAAACCCAAGUCUGCUGAGCUUCGAUGUGUAGGAGAUGAAGAGAUGGUGUACUUUCAAGCUCGUGGUGUUUCCCCUCUCAGGGUUGGAUGGGAAAAGAAAAGCAAAGACAAGUCUGAGAAUGGGUUUAUUGAAGGUAUCGAUGACGAGGUCGCACCUAUUGAUGAUCUUGCGCUUGUCAGACGGGAUCGCGUAUCGAAGACUCACACUGUUCCUCUUCGAGUCACGCACAACGUCCCGGGAACACAUACUUUAUCCCUUACAACCGUUCAUGAUUCCUUGCACAACACCUACACGCCAUCCGGUUACGCUACUCGACAGAUCUACAAUGUCAUCCCUCGGCCUUCUAUCAAGUUUAACUGUCAGGCACCAUACCAACUCCUCCAAAACCAAACUAUCUCCCUCCCUCUCGAGGUCCUUGUCAGCAGUCAACAGCUUGAAGAGCCAAUUGAGCUCACCUACAGGUAUACUUCCCCGGACGGCAAAUCCUCCGAUAAGAAGUUUGCUGUCAAGAACAAGAGAGAGCACCUAUCUGUGAGCGAACCUGGAAUAUACAGCUUAAUGGGCAUUGAAGGUCCUUGUGCGGGUGAAGUGAUGGAGCCUAGCAAGUGUGAGGUGCAAAUGGUGCCCUUACCUAGUAUGGACAUGAGCGUCGAGACUUUACACGAAUGUGCGAUGGAUGUUGGUGCGACAGCCUCAUUUGACUUUACAGGUUCCCCGCCUUUCAAGCUGGAUUACACCGAACAGCGAAAGGGCGGACGAGCCAAGAUUCUAAGUCAGAUGUUUCAGUCACACUACGGAUCCAUCGUUCUCCGUCCUGAGCAGGAAGGUAUCUACACCUAUACCUUUACGGCAUUGAGCGAUGGGAAGUACAAAAAGGUCGCCGUGGAUAAAGAGCCGAUUCAGCAGACUGUGCAUCCGUUGGCCAAUGUUGAGAUUGUUGGAAAUUCCAGGAGAAGGACUCUCUACUCUUGCUCUGGGGAUGUGGUUGACAUUGACAUUGAUGCUAGGGGCAUCGCACCUCUUAAACUCACAUACCUCACCUCCUACUCAACCCACUCAUCCAAUACCACCCUUCCCCUUUCCCUUGGCCGAUCGCGCCUGUCUGUCCCCGUUCCAUCUACACUCUCAUCCACUUCUGGUGCUUCGGGUAAACUUAAUAUCGCCCUCUUGGCUAUCGAGGAUGGUAAUGGUUGUAUUCGCAAGUUGACGAACCCCGGCGUUGAGGUGGAUAUAAAGAGGGAGAAGCCAACGGGUAGGAUGGCAAAGACAGGAAAGGCCGUGGUGACUCAGGGAGAGAUCGUGAAAGUACCUCUGAGGUUGACUGGGGAGGCGCCAUGGGAUGUGACUUACUCGAGUGAUGGAAAGGAGUUUACUCUCAAAGUGAGGGACCCGAAUAGCGAAUUGAGCUUGAAGGAUAAGGGAGUUUAUCGACUUGUCAAGGUCAAGGACUCUCAUUGCCCUGGCACUGUUUUGUCUGGAGACUCUUCUUUCGAGAUAGACUUCAAGCCACACCCUGUGGUCAGUCUUCAAGCAUCCGGCCUGAUUUCCCACGUCGUUACUGGUUCCGGGAAUGUGUACCAGCACAGAGGUCUUUGUGCCGGGCAAGAAGAUCAAGCCGCCCUCAAGUUCGCGGGUCAAGCGCCUUUCGAGCUCGGAUACCGUCACACGUCUGGUGGACGUACUUCCAGGCAUGUCCUCAAGAGUGCUCAGGAGAUUGGUAUCCUUCAUCUCUCUACAGAACCUGGAUCUCAUCGGUACGACUUUUUGUCUCUUGCCGAUGGCAACUAUCCCAAGACGGAUGUGUCCAUCACUCUGGAGCAUGAGGUGUUUGGCCGACCUAGUGCAAGCUUUGUGAAGCAUAGUAGUCGAGCGCUCUGUCUCGACUCUACUCUUGAAACGGAUGCAAAGAUCUUACUCAAGGGUCAGGGCCCCUGGAUCCUUAGCCUAUCUGUGCGUAAACCCGCUUCCACCUCCAUCACCACGCACAGUGUCACCACUGCCAAUCCCGAAUGGACAGUUUCUCUCCCACAAGUUCUGGAGGACAUUGGGAGAUAUGAAGUGACAAUUAUCAAGGUGGAAGAUGUGAGUGGCUGUGAGUGGGUAUCGGGGGAAACGGAUGAAUUGAGAAGUGUGGUGGAGGUUGUGGAAAGUGCGAGGAUCGUGCCGGUGGAUGAGAAGGAAGAUUUGUGUGUGGGUGAUAGUUUGGAUUUCUUGUUACAGGGUAAAGCGCCCUGGACUAUUGAAUAUGCGUGGAAAGGCAAGGAUCACAAGGUCACCAGUUCGGCGUCCAGGUUCUCGAGAUUUGCAGAGAAGGCAGGCAAAUUUGAGGUCAAAUCUGUUGCACUUAGGGGUGAUCGAUGCAAGCGCCAGGUUGAAGGGAUGGUACGAACCGUUCACGCGUUGCCUUCUGCAAGAAUUACCUCAGGUGAAAAUGAUUUGAGAGAAGGCGACGAGCCCGCUGUGUUCCGUGUGCACUUUACGGGUACUGCACCUUUCUCCUUUACGUAUACCCGCAGUGAACAGAUUGGUUCAAAGCACAAGGUUGUCGAAACUCAAACUAUAACGGAUAUCAUGGACAGUAAUUAUGCGAUUUCCAGCUCAUUGCCUGGUGAUUAUGCGGUCACAUCCGUUUCCGACAAGUUCUGCAGAUACCCGCCGUUAUCGAGGAGCAAGGAGUAGAUUAAAGAAGCGCAAAGUUCUUUCAUUGAUGGCGGAACGAAGUCCACAUGCAUUGCAUUAAUAUUGU